UAAACUGCCGCUGCUGUGAGCGAGCGAGUGCGUGCGGAGGAAGAUGGCGGCGCUGAUCCUCCCGUCUGACUGGAUAAAAAACUGGGACAAAUCCGGCAAAAAUGAGUUCUUGCUGCUGAAGAGUUCUUAUAUCUGCAAGCGGUUUCGUCAUUUCCUGUCAGUGUCACGCUUCUCUUGUGUGGAUCAUCUUAAAGAGGCAAUGCCUGACUCGUGCCCGGAAUGUGCCAUAAUGCCACCCGCUGUGCGUCGAUCGCAUCUGUCAGAUCUGCAGACAGCCCUGUAUGAGCUCUGCUGGCAUGUUAUCCAGGGCAAUCUGAAGGUGGAUGUGGCUGCCAGUCUCCUGGCUGAUGUAAUGGAGCUGCGGGACGAUAUGCCUUCUAUUUUAGCUGAUGUUUUCUGUAUAUUAGGUAAGUCCCGCCGUAUCUCUUGAAACCUACACAAAACAUAUCAUUUUACCCAGCUGGUUGGAGCCUGUUUGAUCUGUGUUCCUGAUGGUAUGCUGAAGGAGAGAUUAGAUCCUGAAACGCUGGAGUCUCUGGGACUGAUCAAACAGGCUCAGCAGUUCAACCAGAAGAUUGUCAAAAUCAAGACCAAACUAUUUUACAAACAGCAGAAGUUCAAUUUGUUGCGCGAGGAGAAUGAAGGUUACGCUAAGCUGAUCACAGAGCUUGGGCAGGAUCUGUCCAGGAAUCUCACCAGCCACGUCGUCCUUGAGAACAUCAAGUCAUUAAUAGGAUGUUUCAAUCUGGACCCAAACCGUGUGCUGGACAUCAUCUUAGAGGUGUACGAGUGUCGCUCUGAUCAGGAUGAGUUCUUCAUCCCUCUUAUCAAGUCCUACAUGUGCGAGCACCAGACCCUCUGCCACAUGCUGGGCUUCAAGUUCAAGUUCCACCAGGAGCCUAACGGAGAAACGCCAUCAUCUCUGUACCACAUCGCUGCAGCUCUUCUUCAACACAAUCUCAUCGCUCUUGAAGACCUCUACGUUCAUCUCCUCCCGCUGGAUUCCAGCAUCGUGGAAGAGCACAAGAGAGCGAUCCUGGAGGCCAAGCAGAUCGCCCGCAAACUCACCAUGGUGCUCGUCCCCUCUGAAAAGACGGAGGACAAGGAGAAAGAAAAGGAGAAGGAAGAGGAGAAGAAUGAGAAGCCUCCUGAUAACCAGAAGCUGGGGCUGCUGGAGGCGCUGCUGAGGAUCGGUGACUGGCAGCACGCUCGGAGCAUCAUGGAUCAGAUGCCAGCUUUCUAUGCCACCUCCCACAAGGCCAUCGCCAUCGCACUGUGCCAGCUGCUGCACCUGAUCAUGGAACCGCUUUACCGCAGGGCUGCAGUCCCCAAAGGUGCCAAAGGCAGAUUGAUGAUGCCUCUGUGGAACAAACAGGCACCGCGGCCGGCCGAAAGCUUUGAUGAUCUCUCCAGGGACGUCUUCACCAUGCUGUGCUACUUGGGCCCUCACCUGUCCCACGACCCCAUCCUGUUUGCCAAGAUCGUGCGACUGGGCAAGAGUUUCAUGAAAGAGUACCAAAGUGAAAGCAGGCAAGACACAAAGGACAAAAUGGACUCUCUGCUGAGCUGUUUUCUCAGUAUUGCUGAUCAGGUGCUGUUGCCGUCUCUCUCUCUCAUGGAGUGCAACGCCUGCAUGUCUGAAGAGAUCUGGGGCUUCUUUAAACUCUUCCCCUACCAGUACAGGUAUCGUCUCUAUGGGCAGUGGAAGAAUGAGACGUAUGGCAAUCAUCCACUCCUGGUGAAGAUCAAGGCUCAGACGGUAGACAGAGCCAAAUACAUCAUGAAGCGACUGACUAAGGAGAACGUGAAGCCCUCAGGAAGGCAGAUCGGAAAGUUAAGCCACAGUAACCCCACCAUUCUCUUUGAUUAUGUGACGAGACGUGGUGUGUUUGAGCCCUUGACCGUGUGGGCAGAUUGCAUUAUUGAAGCUUUAGCCAACCCAGAGAAAGAGAAGAUGAAACACGACGACACCACCAUUUCAUCAUGGCUGCAGAGUCUCGCUAGUCUUUGCGGAGCGGUUUUCAGGAAAUAUCCCAUCGAGUUAGCUGGUCUUCUGCAGUAUGUGACCAACCAGCUGAAAGCAGGCAAGAGUUUUGACCUGCUGAUCCUGAAGGAGGUGGUGCAGAAGAUGGCCGGAAUUGAGAUCACAGAUGAAAUGACUGUGGAGCAGCUGGAGGCCAUGACAGGCGGAGAACAGCUCAAAGCGGAGGGUGGCUACUUUGGACAGAUCAGGAACACUAAGAAGUCGUCUCAGCGUCUGAAGGAUGCUCUUCUGGACCACGAGCUGGCAUUACCGCUGUGUCUCCUGAUGGCCCAGCAGAGGAACGGUGUGGUCUUCUCUGAGGGGGGGGAGAAGCAUCUCAAACUCGUGGGGAAGCUUUAUGAUCAGUGUCACGACACUCUUGUACAGUUUGGUGGCUUCUUGGCGUCUAACCUCAGCACAGAAGACUACAUCAAAAGGGUGCCGUCAGUCGAUGUCCUCUGCAACCAGUUCCACACGCCACACGAUGCUGCUUUCUUCCUGUCUCGGCCCAUGUAUGCCCAUCAGAUUCUGUCCAAGUAUGACGAAUUGAAGAAGGCAGAGAAGGGCAACAGGCAGCAGCAGAAGGUCCAUAAGUACAUCGCAGCCUGCGAGCAGAUCAUGGCUCCUGUGCACGAGGCUGUCGUGUCUCUUCACUUGCCCAAAGUGUGGGAUGACCUUCGACCUCAGUUCUACGCCACCUUCUGGUCCCUCACCAUGUACGACCUGGCGGUACCACACAACGCCUACGACCGCGAGGUCAACAAGCUGAAGAUGCAGAUCAAGGCUAUCGAUGAAAACGCGGAGAUGCCUCUGAACAAAAAGAAGAAAGAGAAGGAACGCUGCACAGCGCUGCAGGACAAGCUGCAGGAAGAGGAGAAGAAACAGCUGGAGCAUGUGCAGAGAGUCCUGCACCGUCUCAAACUGGAGAAAGACAACUGGUUACUCGCCAAAUCCACUAAGAAUGAAACCAUCACUAAGUUCCUGCAGCUCUGCAUCUUCCCCCGCUGCGUCUUCUCAGCCAUUGAUGCCAUUUACUGCGCUCGCUUCGUGGAGCUGGUGCACCAGCAGAAGACGCCCAACUUCUGCACCCUGCUCUGCUACGACCGAGUGUUCUCUGAUAUCAUCUACACGGUAGCAAGCUGCACAGAGAACGAGUCGCGCCGCUACGGCCGCUUUCUGUGCUGCAUGCUGGAGACUGUGACUCGAUGGCACAGCGACCGAGCCAUCUAUGAGAAGGAAUGUGGCAAUUAUCCUGGGUUCCUGACUAUUUUCCGAGCCAGUGGUUUCGACGGAGGGAACAAAGCAGAUCAGCUGGACUAUGAGAAUUUCCGGCAUGUUGUUCACAAAUGGCAUUACAAGUUGACUAAAGCGUCAGUUCACUGUCUGGAGACGGGCGAGUACACCCACAUCCGCAACAUCCUGAUCGUGCUCACCAAGAUCCUACCCUGGUACCCCAAGGUGCUGAACCUGGGCCAGGCUCUGGAGUGCCGCGUUCACAAGAUCUGCCAGGAAGAGAAAGAGAAGAGGCCCGAUCUCUAUGCGUUAGCCAUGGGCUAUUCUGGCCAAUUGAAAGGCAGGAAAGUGCACAUGGUGCCAGAAAAUGAGUUCCACCAAAAGGAGCAGCCAGUGCGCAGCGCCACGCCUGGCACUCUGCAGAAUGGACCGGGCAACACGGGCAAGCCUGCCAGCGCUGGCAAAGCCGAGGAGGGCGCCGUCGAGGACUCAGAUAAAUCCAAGGACAAAUCUCAGGCGGCUCAGAAAACUGCCAGCAAAAACAGCACCGCAGCCAAUAAAGUGAGCAGCAGCAACGGAAGCAGCACGCCGAACAGCACUAAAGGGAGCAAAGAGAAGGAAGAUAAAGAGAAGACCACAAAGGAGAAAAAGGAGAAGAAAGAAAAGAACCCAGGAAGCACUCCAGAGGCCAAGGCAGGAGGGAAGGACAAACAGAAGGAGGAGAAACCCACUGAGAGCAAGGAGAAGACGCCCAAGGCUGACAAGGACAAGAGGAAGGAUGACAAGAAGGAAGAGAAGAGCAAGAUUGAUGGGAAAUCCGCCGAAAAAGAGUGGUCCAAGGAGCGCGACGUGUCCAACGACAGCAAGACUAAGGAAGGCAGCAAAGUGGAGAAGAACGCUGGGGCCGGAAGCAUGAAGUCCCUCGUGCCCAGAUCCGAAGGAGUCGAGUCUGAACGGGCAGAGCAAAAAAGACGAAAGCUUGACACGCACUCGUCACCGUCGCACUCCUCUGCAGUUAAGGACAAUCUCAACGACUUCAAGGACUCAGCUUCAAAGCACCAUCCUAACCACAGCACAGUCCUGCCCAAGAGCAAAGAGAAGGACGACGAGAAGAAAGAGUCUGACAAAUCCAGGGACCGUUCCAAAGAGAGGGAGAAGAAAGAAGACCGGAAGGACCGGAAACGAGUAAGUGGCUCCGUCCCUGACGCUGUUAAAGGAUUUGGACACUUGGACUACUCAAACAGUGACCGCGAGAUGAGCCAGGAAGCCAAGCGCCGCAAAGAUGAAAAUGGAAUGAGCUCCUCCAAACACAGCAAGAGCGCCAGCCCCUCCGAAUCGCCCCACUCCAACGACAAGGACAACAGCAAACGCUCCAAAUCCACCAGCAAGGACAAGAGUGAUUUGGCCAAACCGGAGAAGACCUCUGGAGGCAAAAAGGAGUCCAGGCACGACAAAGAGAAAUCCGAAAAGAAGAGAGACAGCACUGGCGCUAAAGAAGAGAAGAAACAUCAUAAAUCAUCAGAAAAGCACAGAUAAUCCAUGCUGACUCUCGAGAAGUUUUCCUGAGUGGCACUGGCUGCAGUAGUUCCUGCAGGAUUCAUCAGCCCAGCUUUCUCAUCCAUGUCAGCAUCUUAAUUCACCGUCUGGAAAGAGGACUCCCUCGCACACUUAGGAAUCUUGCCUGCAUCCAAACUCCUGUUGUUUUGCCUAGAAAAGUUGUCGCUUGUAUUUUAAUCUGCCAUUUUUAUUGUGAUAUUUUCAGUGCUUCACUGAAAGUUUGUUUCCUUUAAUAUUUAGCACAAUGUGCUGCUUGCAUCACAAACAGAUUCAGGUUGAAUUGGUGUCGCUCUCAAAUGCUUGCGUUUUUAUGACCUCGCGUAUUACUUUCUUUUCUGUUUUUUCUUUUUUUUUUUU